GUCCUGGUGAUCCUAGCUACUAAAUUCAAAUAUGCAUUAAGUAUCGGUCGCUCCAUGAUUGUAACCAGACAAAACUUACCCCAGCACCAUCAAAAGUACUACUACUAGCCCAACAACACCAGCCAGCGCUUCAGUAUGACGGGUCAUACCAGCAAUGCACACACGAUCGAUAGCACGUCCUAUCCCUAUAUCUAUGAAAAAAACGUGUCUGUUCCUCUCAGAAACGGCAGCUUUAUGCGCUGUAAUGUGUACCGGCCGAAGACGGCUGAUGCAAAGCACCCGGUCCUUGCCACUUGUGGUCCAUAUGGAAAGGAUGUGCACUAUUCCCAUUUCAACCCUCCCAGCUACGCAGAAGUUAACCCCGACCACAAAACAAACCACUCGGCUUGGGAGACGCCCACUCCGAGCUACUGGACUCAACACGGCUAUGUUGUCGUAAGGAGUGACGAGCCCGGAACGGGUCAGUCCCCAGGCUUUCUCGACGCGCUCUCUUCAGCUACGAUCGACGCGUUCUAUGAAUUGAUCGAAUGGGCCUCUGAGCAGGAUUGGAGCAACGGCAAAGUCGGUCUUCUGGGUAUCAGCUACUUCGCUACAACCCAAUGGCAAGUUGCGGCGCGAAGGCCCAAAGGGUUAGCUGCCAUCGUCCCGUGGGAAGGCUUUUCUGACUUCUACCGCGACGCUUGCCGACACGGGGGGAUUCUCUCCAAUGCAGGUCUGGACACGAUAUGGGAGAGACAAAUCGGUACAAACCAAUAUGGCCUCGCGGGACGAGCUGCAAGAAACCGAGGCGACGACACCAUUGAGGGCUCGUUAUCGGCGGACGAGUUAGCCAGAAUUCGGGUUACGUUUGUGGAUGGGGCGCGAAAGCAUCGGUUCCGAGACGGCGAACGCUUCGCCUCUGUGAACUUCAACCUCGAAGACAUUCAGGUACCCUUACUCAGUGUUGCCAAUUGGGGAGGAAUUUUGCUGCACCUUCGCGGCAACGUGCAGGGCUACAUCCACGCCGGGUCUGAAUUCAAAUAUCUCCGCUUCAUCGUUGGACGACAUGACCUUCCCUUCUACUAUGCAGAAGAAGUUGAAAUUCAACGGAGCUUCUUGGAUGCCUUUUUGCACGGCCAAGAUCGUGUAGGAUGGUCCAAAAAAGGGGCUGUCCCACCAGUCGACUUGGUUCUGCGGAAAGGAAACGUCGGAUACAAUGAUCCCAAGGCUGAACGGCAAUUUUUGAGGAGGAAGGAAAACGAGUGGCCAAUUGCCAGAACACAGUAUACGCCCAUGUUUCUUCACCCGGAGGGAGGCCUCUCUUGGAAGAAGACAGAUUUGACGACGCUUCGCAAGGUGGAAUACCAAGCAUUUGGUGAUGACCCCGCCUUUGUUUCCUUUUCUUCAACUCCAUUUGAUUCGGAGAAGGAAAUCACCGGGCACAUUGUGGUUCGGCUCAAUGUCUCUGUGAGUCGCCAUCGCUGGCAGUCAACCACACCUUCUGAUUUGGAUUUGUUCCUGUCUCUCCGCCACAUUUCAUCGUCUGGCGACGAAGUGUCUUACACAGGGACUACCGGGGAGCCAGCUCCGGUGACGAAAGGCUUCCUGAGGGUAAGUCUACGAAAAGUCAAUCCUCAGCACCCGCGCCACCGCCCUUGGCUACCUUAUCGUGAUUAUUCUUCCUCCGACGUUCUUCCAGUUAUCCCCAAUGAGGUGUACACUGUGGAUGUGGAACUAUGGCCUACAAACGUUGUGGUGCAGAAGGGGGAGCGCCUCGUCUUAGAUAUCGGCGCUUCUGAACUGGCUGGUAGCGGUAUGUUCAACCACAAUGAUCCAAGUGACAGGUAAGCCAACGACAGCACGUUCCAUGGAAUACUUGUGGCAACUAUACUGAAUAAUAAUCGAACAGGCCGGAAAGCGUUUUCAAGGGCAACAAUCAUGUGCACUUCGGACCCAACUACGAGAACUGGAUC